ACAUCCAGGAAAUGAGUAAGUCUGAAGCCCUUUAGAGCCUGUUGAUGGGGGCCGGAAGGCGGGAGCCGGCCGGGGUAUCGCCGUCAACGUCCCUCUAAUUACCGGGCCGGACGCUCAGCCGCAGCCGCCGCCAGACAGCGGAUUCGGGGCUCCCGGGACCCGCGAGCGCAGCCGGGGCUCGCGCGGUCUCUCCGGAGGCAGAGAGCGGGGACCAAAGCUGAACGAAAGCUGCAGCCAUGGCGCUGGGGCUCUUCCGGGUGUGCCUGGUGGUGGUGACGGCCAUCAUCAACCACCCGCUGCUGUUCCCGCGAGAGAACGCCACGGUCCCCGAGAACGAGGAGGAGAUCAUCCGCCAGAUGCAGGCGCACCAGGAGAAGCUGCAGCUGGAGCGGCUGCGCCUGGAGGAGGAGGUGGCGCGGCUGGCGGCCGAGAAGGAGGCCGAGAAGGAGGCGCUGGAGCGCAUAGCGGAGGAGGCCGAGCAGCAGAAUGAGAGCCGCGCCGCCUGGGACCUGUGGAGCACCCUCUGCAUGAUCCUCUUCCUGGUGAUCGAGGUGUGGCGGCAGGACCACCAGGACGCGCCCUCGCUCGAGUGCCUGGGCGCCGACGAGGACGAGCUGCCCGGCCUGGAAGGCGCCCCCCUCCGGGGUCUCACCCUGCCCAACAAAGCCACGCUCGACCACUUUUACGAACGCUGCAUCCGGGGGGCCCCGGCCGACGCCUCCCGCACCCGGGAGUUUGUGGAAGGCUUCGUGGAUGAUUUGCUGGAAGCCCUGAGGAGCCUGUGCAGCCGGGACGCGGACAUGGAGGUGGAGGACUUCAUCGGCGUGGACAGCAUGUAUGAGAACUGGCAGGUGAACAGGCCGCUGCUGUGCGACCUCUUUGUGCCCUUCAUGCCGCCGGAGCCCUACCGCUUCCACCCAGAGCUCUGGUGCUCCAGCCGCUCUGUGCCCUUGGACCGCCAGGGCUACAGCCAGAUCAAGGUGGUCCGGGCUGACGAGGACACGCUGGGCUGUAUCUGCGGCAAGACCAAACUCGGGGAAGACAUGCUGUGUCUCCUCCACGGCAAAAACAAUGUGGUGCGGCCAGGCAGUGAGGCGGAAGACCCGCUGUGCGUCGGAGACUCCCCGUACCUGGACACGAUGCGAGUCCUGAAGUGGUUCCAGACGGCCCUCACCAGAGCCUGGCACCGCAUCAACCACAAGUACGAGUUCGACCUGGCCUUUGGCCAGCUGGACACCCCGGGGUCCCUCAAGAUCAGGUUCCGCUCGGGGAAGUUCAUGCCCUUCAACCUGAUUCCUGUGAUCCAGUAUGAUGACUCCGACCUGUACUUGGUCUCCCAUCUUACCAGGGAGCCCUGUGGGGCGACCCCGCCAUCCAGCACAGAUUGGCUCCUGUCCUUCGCUGUCUAUGAGCGCCACUUCCUUAGGAUGACCUCGAAGGCGCUGCCCGAGGGCGCCUGCCACCUCAGCUGCUUACAGAUUGCCUCCUUCCUGCUCUCCAAACAGAGCCGCCUGACCGGCCCCAGCAGGCUCAGCAACUACCACCUGAAGACCGCCCUGCUGCACCUCCUGCUCGCCCGGCGGCCAGCCGCCUGGAAGGCUGAGCAGCUCGAUGCUCGUCUGCACGAGCUGCUGUGCUUCCUGGAGAAGAGCCUGCUGGAGAAGAAGCUCCAUCACUUUUUCAUCGGCAAUUGCAAGGUGCCCGAGGCCAUGGGGCUCCCUGAGGCCGUACGCAGGGCUGAGCCUCUCAACCUCUUCCGGCCCUUUGUCCUGCAGCGAAGUCUCUACCGGAAGACAGUGGACUCCUUCUAUGAGAUGCUCAAGAAUGCCCCAGCGCUCAUUAGCGAGUAUUCCCUCCAUAUUCCCUCAGACCAUGGCAGCCUGCCCUCAAAAGCUGUCAUCUUGUAGAGCAUCCACGACCCAGAGGGCCAGGACACAAGGCAUCCUACAUGUCCACACUCCUGGGGGCAUGUGCAGGCCCUGUCCUGGGAAAAUGACAGGCUUUGUAGGGCGCCGUGGCUCAGCCUCCCGGGGGAGCCAGACCCUAUAGCACAGAGGAAACAGAAUUCCAGGCCAAAGCUGGUUUGCUUUCAUGCCGUUGGGGCUUGCUGGUGAAGCUGUUGUCUGGGUUUGGGGACUGAUCCUUUGCAGCUUACUUUUGGAUCACCACCAAUGGCCAAGAUGAUGACAGAACUCUAUGGACGCUGAGUUACAGACAAUGCAAACAUCGACUUGGGUGUGAUUCUUUUUACAUCCCAGGUCCAGUCUUUACUUGAAUAUCAACAAAAGAUCUACAGGAAUGCUAACAGGGACCCGUGUUAAGACCUUGCACCCCGAUUUAUAGUAACCCUUGACCCCAGGCAUCUGCAACCAAGCAAUGGGCACCAGUGUGGGAAUUUGCAGUGUUCCAUCCACAGCCUGCACAGUAGGGGUCCCCACUGUGGCUGCCAUUUUUAUACUAUUUAGAGAAAAGACCUAGAGAGAUUCAAGGCCCCAGGUGGCUAAUGUCUCUGUUACACAGAAGUGGGCACUUGGUGGCAGACAGAAGUUUAAGCUAGCCGUUGUUUCCGCUACACCUCUCACUCAGGGUGCACCCCCUUUUCUCUGCCCCUUCUCCCAGGAUGCUAUGUCCUGAACCCUGUGGGUGCCACAUACCACGCUGGGUACAAGCAUGGUAUGUGGGCCCCUCCCCCUCGUUAUUCUCUCCACAACUGGUCUCUCUGGCCACCAGUAUGUUGGGAGGUGGGGGGCACUGAAGAUAGACGAUGAGAGAGAAAGAGGAGCACAGGGUCACUGGGGCAAAGGGCAGAGCCUGGUACCUGGGGUCUGGUUUGCAGUCUGGCCGCUGAUGCCCAGUUCAGAGAAGGUCGUAGAGCUGAGGUGAGGGAUGCUGUAGCCCCGAGUUUUCCUCAGGGUUCCAGUCCUAGAGCAGGGCGUGCCUGGAAACAAGAUUGCUGUGGAAACCCAGCUCCACAUGCAGGCCCCCAAAUCCCCUUGGCUGUUCAUUCCAGUGGGGCUCCCUCACUGCACAGAACCCUCCCUUCUGGAUGGGCCUUCCUGGCCACACAGAUGACCAACACCCUAAGAACCUGACAGAGGCUUGGCUGACUGGGACACGUAAGGACAGACUACAAGCACAGCCCUCAGACCUCAGAGAGGCCACCUUGGCACUGCUGGGCUGCAGUCCCUGGGCAAGCACCAGAGCCGGUGCUCAGAGCUGGCCUCAGUCUCCAGGCCUGGUUCAGGGGGACUGGGAAGCCACUCCCUCCUCCAGUUAUGGCUUCACUUGCCCUUUGGGAGCUCCUCUCUUGGCAUUGCCUCAGUAACCUUUGCAGGGGGCCAAGGGGAAGCAAGAAUGAGUGCUCCUUCCCCAGCACUCUCCUUCCAUGGUUGAAACUGGCCGUGCCUCCCAGACACGUACCCAAUUCCUCAGGGGUGUCGGGCUCACCAUGAACUGAAGAAAGGAUCCUGUCUCUACCCCAGGAGUGCUCUCACCUAGCCUCGGAGUGUUCUAGAAGAUGGACAGUUUGCCUGACAGGGCUAAUUCACAGUAGGAGGCUCAGCUGUUAUGGGGCAUCGAAGCCCAGAGGAAGCUGUAGGAAGCUUCCUUCCAUGUGAGCUGGGGUUAGACUGAGCAGCACCUGGGUCUGCCCCUCCCCAGGCCCACAUGGUCUCCAACAGUAACCCCAAAGCCCCAUUUCCAGUUUGGGGGAAUUUCCUUAUUUAUUGUCACCCAUGCCUUUCCUUUCCCAUCCUCAUCCUCAUCUGAUGUGCUUUGAGGAGACCCCAGCAACCAAGAACCAGCCUCCAGAAGCCAAGACCAAGCCUGAAUCUCCCUCGGCUUCCCCUUUGCUUCCAGGAGAAAAUUACCUUCUGGCCUCUUGUUUAUACAGAGACAACAACUCAGCGGGGAAAUGGGGAUCUUUUAUGUACCAAAGCUGCUUCUGAAGCAGAGAGCAGCGGGACUUUUGGUGUUUCAUGCUGCCUUAUUUAUGUUAAAGGAAGAAUUAAAUUCUUGCAAGGAGUAGAAACUGGUCACAAUGUUUGUUUUUAACUUCAGGAAAGCUGUGAGCUUCCCAGGGCAGAGCUGAGGAGGGGGUGGAUUUCCUACUGACACGCGGAAGCUUUCACUCCCUUUUUAUUCUUACGCUUUCAGGAAAUUUAAAAAAUAGCAAAACAGAAUAUUUCUGGCCCAUCUUUGAGGCAGCCUGCAGAGUUCCAGAAAGGGCCUUUGAAAGCAGGCUAUAGGGUGGAUUCCAGCACAAAACCUUAUUUCACAGAGCUGAUGUGUGCAAAGAAUGUGGGCCCUGGGAGUAAUGUGAAGCUUUUGGCUUGAAGGAGAGAGAUUGUCUUUUAAACAGAAGAGUUCUAGACCUUCAGGUCACUUAGGCCUUUCCACUAAGGACAGCUUUCUCCGAGGGAUCUCUUUCCUUCCCGAGCAUGCUUGACAUUACCCAGCAUCUGCUCACUUGCUGUACCAAAUGCCCCAGGACUUUUGCUGCACCUCUUGACAAGUGAAGUGAGCAGGGCUGACCUGAGCCACAAGGUCGGUUAGGUUGAACGAGGGCCUCUCCUCCUCAAAAGCCCCAGCCCCUCUCUCUGCCUUGUCAAAGCACAGCCUGGCCGUCCAGUGGUUAGUACUCUGCACUUCCACUGCAGGGGGCACGGGUUCAAUCCCUCGUCCAGGAACUAAGAUCCUGCAGGCCAUGAUGCAUGACCAAAAAAAAAGAAAAAAAAGCACAGCUUGGGUUGAGAACGUGGUUUGUAAUCAAACCAGCCAGCACUGGUUUGUUUGUAAUCAUGGGUGUCAUCAGAAUCCUAUGGAGAGCUAGGUCAAAUGCCCAGACCCCACCUUGAACCUACACGGCAACCAGGUAAGGCUCUAUUUCUAAAGCGCCCUCAAGUGACUGAUGACACCCCUAGCUGAGGAUGACUCUUCACUUCCUUUCCAAAUAGAAAGUGAAAGAAAACCCAAGUGGACUGCUUUCCCUACAAAACUGUUGGGAGAAAGGCCUGGUAGAAGCCGAUGAGCCUGCUUGGGAUCUAUGGUCCAAGCGGCAUCUGCCACACCACAGACGUCCGUGAGUCCACCCACACUUACACUAGUGGUAUGAGAAGCAGAGAGGGGAUGGGGGAGGCAAAACUGGUGAGCACUCCUUUCUAGCAGGUCACGCAUGGGUAUCACCGGGGCACAGGUUCCUGGGCCACACUGCAGACUUCAGUGGAAUCUCUAGGAGUCCAACACAGGAAUCUGCUUUCUGCCGAGUUUCCCAGGUGAUGCUGGAAGUCCAAGAACCCCUGAGACUGGGGGAUUAGGGAGGGCCUCACGGCAGGGCGCUGCCAGAUACUGUUUGUAAAAGAUGGGCAGGACUGACCAGGAAAAGCAUUUCAGCCAGAGCCAUGGAGCGAGGGCAGGAAAGCACCAUAGAUGUAGGCAACAUUUAAGUAGCACGUACUGUGUGCCAAGCCUCCUUCCAGAGCGGGGUUGGUAGCAGCGGUGGCAGCAGGGAGUGACUGUCCUGGAAGUUCUAACGUCAGUCACUCAGCAGAGCGGGAUUCAGAACAUUCUCAUGCCCCGUCUGGCCUCCGCCUCAUGGGAUAGCGCGGGAAAGUUGUUUGGUUUGACCACAAGCAGAGAGCCAAGAGCCAUGCAGUGACGGAAGUGUGGGCCUUCGGCUCACCUCACCACGGCCCCCCAAUUCACCCUCCCCGGACUUGCCCCCUCCCUCUACCCUGGAGGGACAUCUUUCAAAGUUAAAGGAAGAAUUAAAUUCUUGCAAGGAGUAGAAA